CACGGAUCAUAUGAGUGAGUAAGAUGGCUGCGCAGGGAAGAGGAUGGAUGUUGUUGCUUCUCUGUCUCUCCUUCGUCUGGGAAACCGUGUCAUGGGAGACCGCCAGUAACGACACGGAGCCAGUACCGGUGGUCAUUUGGCAUGGCAUGGGUGACAGUUGCUGUAAUCCUCUUAGCAUGGGAUUUAUCAAGAAACUGGUGGAAAAAGAAAUCACAGGAAUUUAUGUCUUAUCCCUGGAAAUUGGAAAUAGCAUUGCUGAGGACAUGGAGAACAGUUUCUUCAUGAAUGUAAAUGACCAGGUUGAGCUGGUGUGUAAUAUAUUGUCCAAGGACAAGAAUCUACAGAAUGGAUACAAUGCAAUGGGCUUCUCUCAAGGUGGUCAAUUUCUGAGAGCUGUGGCACAAAGAUGUCCUUCUCCUGCAAUGUUAAAACUUAUCACGUUUGGAGGCCAACAUCAAGGAGUGUACGGUUUACCUCGCUGUCCUGGAGAGACUUCCCAGAUCUGUAACUUGAUAAGAAAAAUGCUGAACGUGGGUGCUUACAGCAGUCCAAUCCAAGACCACUUGGUGCAGGCAGAGUACUGGCAUGAUCCCUUAAAUGAAGACCUAUACAGGGAGAAGAGUAUUUUCUUGGCAGAUAUUAAUCAAGAAAGGGGCAUUAACGAAAGCUAUAAGGUGAAUCUGAUGAAAUUGAAAAAACUUGUAAUGGUGAAAUUCUUGAAUGAUACCAUGGUUGAUCCAGUUGAUUCAGAGUGGUUUGGUUUCUAUAAAGUUGGCCAAGCCAAGGACACUUACAGCUUGCAGGAGAGUGCUCUUUAUCAAGAGGAUCGGUUGGGUUUGAAGACAAUGGACAAAGCAGGCAAACUGCAAUUUCUAACUGUGAAUGGUGAUCACCUUCAGUUUUCAGAAGAAUGGUUUGUUACCAACAUAAUUCCGUAUCUCAAGUGACCCUUUUAUUAAGCUGGUAGAUAUUGACUAAUUAUUCAAUAUGCCUAUGCUGUAAUGUUGUAACUCUGGCUCAUUAUGUAUUGUUUAUAGUGAUUGUGACAAAAACUUUUGCAGAAUCUAGUAAAUUUUAUGUAUUUUUA